AUGCAUAAAUCAAGCGAUUAUUUCAGUAUUGCUUCGGAAUCUGAAAUAACCGAAAGUCUUCCUGGUGAUUUCUUCGAAGGCAAACUAGUCAAGAGUCUCAUGAAUGAAGACGAAGAUAUUCAGUCAAUUAGCGAGCCAAUUUUUAAGAAUAUUGAUGGUUUUAUCGCGGAAUUAUCCUCUUUAAAAUCACAUAUUAUGAGCCUUGAGCAGCAGCUCAUGUCAAAGAAUCAGGAAAUAAAAAGCCUGAAAGCUUCUCUUGCUCAAAGUGAAGUUCGAAAUAUGAAACUCAAUGAAAAAAUCGGUUCACUCAAGCCGUCACUAGCCGAUGAAGAUAUUCUUGAAGAAAAUAUCUCUCCGUUAGAGCUUGGAGAAUCAAGAAUGAAUACGAGUUCCUUGAGCGAGCCGCCACAACGUUCAACAAGACUUCGAGAGUCUAAAGAGUUUUUGAAAAAUAGAAGCUGUCGCCGAAACGGGAAAAAUUUAAUUUUUUCAACCUCAGUAAUGUCAGAAAAUGAUAUUAUUCGUCCGGGAACUUAUCGCUUUCUCCAAGAAUACGAUGAUGAUGUUCUGCUUGGACAAUUAUAA